AUGUCUACAUCAACACAUAUCAAAGAAGAACUGAUCAAUCUUACUGGAUAUGCAAAGGGUAGUAUACCUUUUAAAUAUUUGGGAGUUCCAUUGUCUGCGAGGAAGCUGAACAUUCAUCAAUGUCUGCCUUUAGUUGAGAAGAUCACAGAGAGAGUCAGAUGCUGGUCAGCAAGGAUGCUCUCAUAUUCAGGAAGAGUUCAGCUUAUCAAAUCAAUCUUAUUUGGUGUACAAACAUAUUGGGCUCAAAUUUUCUUAAUUCCAAAGAAGAUCAUGAAGAUGAUAGAGACUAUAUGCAGGACUUUCCUGUGGACUGGUUCAAGUGAGUUCUCCAAGAAAACAUUGAUUGCAUGGGAUAGAAUAUGCCAACCUAAAGCAGCAGGUGGAUUGAAUGUGAUAAAUUUGAAGAUAUGGAACAAAGCAGCAGUGUUGAAAUAUCUGUGGGCUCUGGCUAUGAAGAAAGAUGCCAUGUGGAUUAGAUGGGCUUAUACCUACUACAUAAAGAACAGACAUAUUAAAGAUAUACACACACCCAAAGUAGCAGCAUGGGUGGUGAGGAAGAUCAUAGAGGCAAAAGAUGAAGUUAUGAAGAUGAGGACAGAUCAACAUAGUAUUGCAACUAUUCUGGAGAGCUUUGUGAAGCAUGGUAAAUUCCAGAUACACAAGGCUUAUGUCCAGAUGCAGCCUCAAUUCAUUAAAGUUGAAUGGAACAUGCAGGCAGAUUGUAUUUUCUGUGGAAAAGCUGAGGAGACAUUUGAUCACCUCUAUUUUGGUUGCCAUAGUACCAACAAACUGUGGGAAAGGAUAUUGAAAUGGCUGGGGCAUACAAGGCUGAUAGGGGACUGGAACCAUGAGCUGAUAUGGAUUAGUAGCAUGGCAAAAAAGAAAGAGUGUAAGGCAAAAAUGAUCACGGCAGCCUUUGCAAUGGUUGUGUACUGCAUAUGGCGUGAAAGAAAUUCGAUGAGAUUCAACAUGGGGAGAUAUAUUGAUGAAGUCUGUAAGGAAAUUGCAAUACAUAUACACAUACAAGGAAGGAAGAAAAUCAAAUGGAGGCCAGGAUUAGACUUUGUAAAUAAAUUGCCUUAG